AUGGCGUGCCUUCCUCUGCCCCUUGUACAUCAGCCUGGGCUCCCUGACUCCGUACCCCACACCUCUCCUCCCCCCUACAACGCCCCUUUGCAGCCGCCUCCUCCACCACCGCAAGAUGCCCCCAUCCCCGGUUACAGCGACACCCCUGCUGUCCACUCAGGCACUGCCGUCCACUCAGGCACUGCCACAUUGCCCCGGCUUGGAGGGGCUGCUACCCUGCCACGCCCUCCCCCUACAUCAGCCACCUUGCCACGCCCGCCACGCCACCAUUCCGCUACCCUGCCGCGCCUCCCCCCGGACCCCUACAUGCAGGAAACUCAGUUCAAUGGAGCCCCUCAGGGCUACGUAGUGCAGACUCAUCCACCAGUUGGGACCCUACCGAUCGGAGGCUAUAUGCACCCGGGAUACCCUGUCCAGCUGCAGCCGUGCACGGCAUACCUUCCGGUCUACCCAGUAGGGGCGGCCUACCCUCAGGCCAACCCUCCUCCUCCACCAUCUCUGUCCCCUACACAGAUGACCCCCGGCAUCGCCAUCCUGGAACCGAGGCGCCCGCCCCACGAUUACCUUCCCAUCGCAGUCCUCACCACCAUCUGCUGCUUCUGGCCCACGGGGAUCAUUGCUAUCAUCAAGGCCGUGCAGGUGCGGACUGCAGUUGCCCGCGGCGACAUCGUAUCAGCAGAAAUUGCCUCACGAGAGGCCCGCAACUUCUCCUUCAUCAGCCUGGCUGUGGGCAUCGCGGCCAUGGUCCUGUGCACAAUCCUCACUGUAGUGAUCAUCAUCGCUGCCCAGCACCAUGACAAUGACUGGGACCCUUAGCGCCCGGCAGCCUUGCCUUCCGACUCCUCCUGUGCCCCUGGCAAUUGGUGUCAACAGCCCUGGAAGGAAAACGACAACACACCCCGGCAACCGUUGCUCCCAAGGAUGGUCCUUGGCAACCGUCUCCCCUGCGGUCCUUAGCAACCGUCUCCUCCCCCACCGCCAACAAUACUUGGAAUGCUUGGUAACCGUCUCCCCCAAAGCUCUCGGCAGUAUUAAUGGUACCUAUUCAGCAAAAUGACUUCCGGAAGACGAUAUUCAGACUGAAUGCUGACACACCCGAGGGGGUCCGUCAGCUGGGGCUUCUCGCAACAAAUUUUCCAUCCUGCCGGUUUUUAAUUUUUUUUAUUUUAAUCCAGAGUACUUUGCUUGCUUCUUUCCUUCCCCAAAGAGUAGGCUCCGCUCUCUCGCGCCCAUGGCAACAGCCGCCUUCCUUCUGCUGCAUUCUGCAUGCAUCCGACUGCCCGUUUAACAGGACAAUGCAUCACACCUGUGUAUUCAUUAAGCAUUAUCCCUUUGUAUCCACAAUUGCUUUCUGGUAGUUCCACCAUGUGAAAUAAGGCCAAAUAAGAUGCUCUGCCAAUGUUGCUGCUGUUCCAUCAGACAAUUCUCCCUUCCUUGCAGGAGGAGGUGGAGUGACCGAAUAUUGGGGGCAGUUUGAACCUCUUACCUCCCUUUUAUUUUGUUUUCCAUCCGAAUCCACCCUUCCUCUCUGCACUAAAUAAUACAGCCUCGCUCUGUUGUCUUUUAGCUCUCCGUUUUAGAUAGGAACCCCUUCUAAAAUAGGUUGAUUCCCAAACCGUUAUUCAAGAUAGCGGUCAAAAAUAUUCACGUGCAGUUAGGAAGCCAAAGCCUUCCCUUCACCAUUUCAUUUGGGCAUCUGCUUCUAGCUGCCCAGCCCUUCUUGAGCUUUCCCUGUAUUGCUUUAAAGGAUCUCUUCGGCAGUUCAGAUCCCCGCGACGGAGUGAGCUCCCGUUGCUCGGUCCCAGCUCCUGCCAACCAAGCAGUUUGAAAGCACAUCAAAGUGCAAGUAGAUAAAUAAGUUGCACUCCAGCGGUAAGGUAAACGAUGUUCCCGUGCGCUGCUCUGGUUUUGCCAGAAGCGGCUUAGUCAUGCUGGCCACAUGACCCGGAAAAACUGUCAUGCUCCCUCGGCCAGUAAAGCGAGAUGAGAGCCGCAACCCCAGAGUCGUUUGCGGCUGGACUUAACUGUCAGGGGUCCUUUACCUUUGCCUUUACCUAAGGGACCCACAAGGAUAAAUCUAGUCCAACCCUCUGCAAUGCAGGAAUCUUUCACCCAAUGUAGGGCUCAAACUCACAACCUUGUGAUGAAGAGUCUCCCACUCUACUGACUGAGCUAUCACACAAAGCCUUGUAUGUAGCCAGUUAUUCGGAUUCCUACCCACUCUCUUCUCAAUGCUUGUGGGUAGAUUAAAAUAUAGCCAUCUCUUAUCCACAUUGCUUGCCUUACAAGCUGGGUUUAUAGAGGUAAUAAACAGUCACUUAAAACUUUCAUUUGGAGAGCAAGGCCGUUCCUUGGCUGCCAUAUGAAAAACAUACCACAACCACUUUUAGUUAUUUUUUAUUUGUUAAAAAGCAAAAAGAAAUAGGUGGAGAAUGGGCAAAAUAUGGGGAACAAGCAGCAGAGCCUCAAAAAACAGGGUGUGACAGUGGUAUUUCCCGUGAGCAAGGCAGAAGCCAGGGCAAGACUGCAAGAAAGGCAUUUUGACUUGUACGGAGUAACCCAGUGAGGCCUAGUCUACGGUUUGCAAGCACUUCAGACUGCAGCUGCGGGGAGUGCGGAGAUUUCACUU